UUUAAGACUAAUAUCCAGUGUAAUUUUCUUGCAAGGUCAAUGAGUAUUUGGGUUUUGGCAAUCCUGGACAGCUCUGCAACAAUGGGUUCCUCUGUCAUGUCCCAAAAUUGCCACCUUGAGAAGAUCCUUGAGUUGGCCAGUCCACAGUGACAGCUACUGACUCACAUGACUUCUGGAGCUCAUCCAUUGAUCUCCCCAACCUCAGCAUAUAUAUAGCACCCAAGGAAGACAUGCUGUCUUCUCUUUCAAUACACUGCAUGUUGUCUAGAUAGUAGGAUUCUUCACUCACUGCCUUAUUGUUGACAUCCACCUCUUCUUUAUUUCUUCUGCGAACAGUGUUAAAAACGACAGACAAGUUAGAGAGAGGGUUGCAGUGGCCAUUAUGGAGGAUGUGGAGAAUGGCAUUCAUGUCACCCAUGAGAGUGAGGUGAGGAAGCCUCUCAUUCAACAACGGGAGUUGGCCAAAGCAGAAGAGUUUUCAUCAGAUGGCCAGGGAUCCUUGUGGAUGGUUCUGCUCAGCACUGGGGUUGCAGUCUGUGGCUCCUUUGAGUUUGGCUCAUGUAUUGGCUACUCUGCACCAACUCAGGCAGGGAUUACAAAGGACAUUGGCCUCUCUCUAUCUCAGUACUCGAUCUUCGCUUCCAUAUUAACCACUGGGGGGAUGGUUGGUGCAGUCACAAGCGGGCAUCUUUCAGAUUAUAUCGGUCGCAAAGGAGCCAUGAGAAUAUCUGCUGUUGUCUGCAUUAUUGGAUGGCUAGCCAUUUACUUUGCCAAGGAUACCUUCUUGCUGUGUCUUGGAAGGCUGUUCACAGGCUAUGGGAUUGGAGUACUUUCCUAUGUGGUACCUGUGUUCAUUGCUGAAAUAGCACCAAAGAAUCUAAGAGGUGGACUCACAUCCCUGAACCAGCUGCUGCUAGUUGGUGGUAACUCGGUUGCAUUUAUAAUUGGUACUCUUGUUUCCUGGCGCGCAUUGGUGUUAGUAGGGGUUCUUCCAUGCCUUGUUCUACUUCUGGGCCUUGUUUUCAUUCCAGAGUCUCCAAGAUGGCUGGCAAAGGUGGAACACCAGAAAGAGUCCAUAUCUGCAUUGCAAAAGCUUCGAGGAAAAGAUGCUGAUAUCACUCAAGAAACAGCAGAGAUUCAAGAAUGCAUUGAAAACCUUCAGACCCUUCCAAGAGCUGGGUUUCAGGACCUGUUUCAGAGCAGAUAUAUUCGAUCAGUGAUUGUGAGUGUUGGUCUAAUGGUGUUUCAACAAACUGGAGGCAUCAAUGGAGUUGGAUUUUAUGCAAGCCAGAUCUUUGUAUCUGCAGGAUUCUCUUCAGGCAACCUUGGGACCAUACUGAUGGGAUGCAUUCAGGUGCCCACCACAAUAGUGGGUGCUAUUUUGAUGGACAGGAGUGGGAGAAUACCUCUGCUCAUGGUUUCUGCAUCAGGGUCUUCCGUUGGUUGCUUUAUCACAGGGAUAUCAUUCUACCUGAAGGGACAGGGAAUAUACAUGGAUUGCGUUCCCACACUGGCUCUCUCUGGCAUAUUGGUGUAUUUGGGAUCAUAUUCAAUUGGAAUGGGUGCUGUUCCUUGGGUUAUGAUGUCUGAGAUAUUCCCCUUAAAUAUAAAAGGAGUUGGAGGAAGCCUAGUAACUUUAGUCAGCUGGUUUGGAUCUUGGGCGGUCUCUUAUGCCUUCAACUUUCUCAUGAGCUGGAGUUCUGCAGGUACCUUCUUCCUCUUUUCAGCAGCAGGUGCAGCAACUCUUCUGUUUGUGGCAAGGGUUGUACCUGAAACAAAAGGUCGUUCAUUGGAAGAGAUCCAAGAGUCACUCAACUCCUCCAAGUAAACUAAGAGAAAAAGGAUGGGUGAAUGUGAAACAUGAGUUGUUUGUAAACAUCUCAAUUGCAAUAAAAGAGCAAAUCACAUUCCAUUUAUCACUAUUUUCUUCUUCUAAAACUAUUAUCACAUUAUGUU